CGCGACCCCUCCAUGUCUGCCCUUUUCUUCCAUCUUUGAACCCAUACCCUUACCACGAACUCUUCUCGACCCGUCACCUAAUAACAUAAGAUGUGAUCGUGGAGUACUGUAACUCGCUUUUCCUUAUUUUAGGUCCACAAUUCCGCGAGAGAAAGCAUCGCUUCAGCGCGCCCAAAGGGUUUUGGAGCAACAAUCGUGCGAACCGUAAUAGUUACUUGGUGAUAUCAAUAUUGUGUUAUUCUUUUUUGGCGCACGAUUCGAUUGAUCGGAGGUGGUGAUUUCUUUUUCUAGGGAGAUACAAAACAGCUACAACUUCAUUAUUAAGAUGUGGCAUAGAUGAAGCAUAGUUGUAUAUGCACAUUCUUCGAAAUUCUUUUACUGCCCACAACGAGUAGUGAAACUUACUGAUGUUAGAACCUAGAGGUUCUCACCGACCGACAAUCAUUUAUAGACCGAUACAACCUUCAGAUCUUGAAGUUCUUGAGCAGAUUCAUCUUGCUUUAUUUCCUAUAAGGUAUGAAAGAGAUUUCUUCCUCAAUGUUGUGCAUGGCCAUGGAAUAGUAUCGUGGGCUGCUGUCGAUGGACAAAAUGAUGAACUUGUUGGAUUUAUCACUACACGUCUUAUCUCAGCGAGAGAAAGCGAGAUUGCAGAUUUGCUUAGGCAUAGAUCUUCAAGGAAAGAACUAAUGCUAGUCUAUAUCUUGACGCUAGGUGUUGUAGAGCAUUAUAGAAACUAUGGGAUAGCUACUUCACUUGUUCGUGAGGUAAUCAAAUAUGCUUCAAGCAUCACAAACUGUAGAGCAGUGUAUUUGCAUGUCAUUUCUUACAACCUGCCAGCCAUAAAGUUCUACAGGAAGAUGUUAUUUAAGUUUAUAAGACGGUUGCAAAACUUCUACUACAUCAACGGCCAGCAUUAUGAUUCAUAUUUGUUUGUUUACUUUGUGAAUGGCAGCCAUUCUCCCUGCUCCCCAUUGAACAUUGUCGCAGCAGUGGCAAAUUACCUUAGGGGCCUUCUCAAAAUGCUGGCUUCCAAGCUAUGGAGGAACGAGGAAACACAUAUUCCUGUAUGGUCCAAAUGUAGCGAAACAAAGACCCUUUUAGUGACUCCAAACAAGAGGAUCCUUGGUGCAGAGAAUUCUGCAUGUCGAGUCUGUACUUCACAACUUACGUAACUGCACAUCUGAGUAAGAUUCAUGUUUCAUAGUCAUUCACACCGUUGUAAUAUCUUUUCUUUAAAAAUUUCAGCAAACUAUAUUAAUUUUUUUGUCACCAAAUUUCUUUGUUUACAUUUAA